AUGCUGGAUUUACGACCAACCUUGAGCGUGGCGCUGCCCGCUGUCAAAAGCCUACCCGAUUGCGCAGACUUCUCGAAGACUGUCCAGCCAUUUCUCCCGCAGCUGUACGACCUGCCGCAGAAGGUCUUCGAUAACAUCAACAAUCUAGAGGCGCUCCAACAUGUGUACCUGUCGACGAACCCACUAGUUACGGCGCUCGCUUUUUCGCUAUUCGUCACGCCAGUUGUGUUCAUUGUUUCCGAGAUCAACAAGAACUACUCGCAGGUGGAUCGCCUAUGGAGCAUAUUGCCCGUCAUAUACAACUCGCAUUACGCGCUAUGGGCGCAUCUGGCGGGACUUCCAACACAGCGAAUGGACCAUGUUAUGGCGGUCACAAUAUUAUGGGGUGCGAGAUUGACGUUCAAUUACUGGCGCAAGGGAGGUUAUACCGUCGGUUCUGAGGACUACAGAUGGAACAUCGUGAAGGAUUAUGCUGGGCCUGUAGUGAUGUUCAUUUUCAACAUUGUGUUCAUCUCGUUGGCGCAAAAUAUACUUCUGUUUGCCAUCACAUCACCGACCUACGUCCUCCUUCUCUGCUCGCGCGUCACCGGAAACGAGCUCACCUUCUACGAUAGCGUCUUCUCCAAGCUCAUCUUCGUCCUCGUUCUCAUGGAGUUCUUCGCCGACCAGCAGCAGUGGAACUUUCACGGAGCCAAGGACGCGUACAAGAAGACGGCAAAGGUACCGAAGGAGUAUGGAUAUACUCGCGAGCAACUCGAUCGCGGUUUCAAUACUAGCGGCCUCUGGGCAUGGUCACGCCAUCCGAAUUUUGCAGCAGAACAGGGCGUAUGGCUCGCGUUGUAUCAGUGGUCUUGCUCCGAGUCGGAGACAUUCGUCAACUGGUGCUUUGGCGCCGCACUCUCCUACUUGAUCCUCUUCCAGGCCAGCACCUGGCUCACUGAGUUGCUCAGUGCGCAGAAGUACCCUGAAUAUAAGAUUUAUCGGGAGCGAGUGGGUAGAUUUUUGCCGAAGGUUGCUACUCAGAGCAUGGAUGCGCCUACGGCCGAUGGCAAAGCGAAUGACCAGCAGAAGCAGGAACCUGCGAAGGCUGUGAAAGCAACUGGUACCACGAAACGAAAGUGA